CUCUCAGUCACUGUCUCAAGAAAACAACUUGGGGACGCGCGCGAGGAAGUCGCAAGGCAAUAGCCAUGUCCGUGCCGGUAGAGAGCAGAGUGGACCCUUCCAGAGCUCAAACCCAUUUUUCACUCACCAGCAAUUGUAUUUGUAGCGACAUUCUUCUACAAAGCUGUUAUUCAUUCUUCUGAACCCCAAAAUCUUCGACAAUUCGAUUUAGAGAGCAAAGAAAGGAAGCGAGAAACCAAAAAAAGUCCCAAGCUUCUCUCUCGGAUUUACUGUGCUUCCUCUCAACAGCGAUGGCUCUCAUCCAGAAUUGAUGUCAUUGAAGAUGGAACUGGUUUUCACUGUUUUGAUAUUGGCUUACUUGCAGUCUUUUGUAAUGCCUGAUUCUCAGGUUGAUGCCCUGUAUGCAUUGAAGACUUCAUUGAAUGCUUUGUCUGAUCAGCUCACAGAUUGGCAGACAAACGCAGUUAACCCUUGCCUUUGGCCCGAAAUUCAUUGUGACAAUGAAAGUGUUACUCGUGUAACAUUAUCUUCGAUGGGAUUUAAUGGAACCUUGUCCCCAGAUAUAGGAACUAUAAAAUCUCUUUCGUUUCUUGAUUUGUCGGGAAAUCACAUAACUGGUAAGAUACCUAAAGAAUUUGGAAAUCUGGCAAGCUUGGGCACUUUGGAUUUGGCAAAUAAUAACUUAACUGGUGAAAUACCAUCUUCCCUUGGUAAACUUAAAAGGCUCCAGUAUUUGACUUUGAGUCAAAACAAACUCACUGGGACUAUUCCCAAGUCUCUUUCAAGUCUUCCCAAAUUAAAGAUUCUUUUGCUCAAUUCAAAUGAUUUCAGGGGUCAGAUUCCUGAGCAUUUAUUCCAAGUUCAAAACUACAACUUUACAGGAAACCAUUUGAAUUGUGGCAUCUCUCAACCUUGUGAAUCUAAAAGUGAAGAUUCAGGUACUUUGCAUAAGCCAAAGAUAGGAGUUAUACUUGGAAUAGUUGGAGGAUGUACUGUUGUCCUACUUCUUGUGGGCUUGCUGUUUAUUCUAUAUCGAGGUAGACUGACAGGCUACAGGCGUGAAGUUUUUGUAGAUGUUGCAGGUGAAGUUGACCAAGGAAUUGCAUUUGAUCAAGUGAAAAGAUUUGCAUGGAGGGAAUUGCAGAUAGCUACGGACAACUUCAGUGAGAAAAAUUUUUUAGGACAGGGAGGUUUUGGAAAAGUUUAUAAAGGGGUGCUUGCUGAUAAAACAAAAGUUGCUGUGAAACGGUUAACUAACUAUGGAAGUCCUGGCGGAGAUGCUGCUUUCCAGCGGGAAGUUCAGAUGAUAAGUGUAGCCAUUCACAGGAAUCUUUUACGGCUGAUUGGGUUCUGCACAACUCCAACAGAACGCAUUUUAGUAUACCCUUUCAUGCAGAACUUAAGUGUUGCCUAUCGUCUACAAGAAGUUAAGUCUGGGGAUCCUGUUUUAGAUUGGCCUACAAGAAAACAAGUUGCUUUAGGCACUGCUCGUGGGCUAGAGUACCUUCAUGAACAUUGCAAUCCAAAAAUUAUUCAUCGGGAUGUUAAGGCUGCAAAUGUGUUUCUUGAUGAAGAUUUUGAAGCAGUUGUUGGUGAUUUUGGCCUCGCAAAAUUGGUUGAUGUUAGAAAGACUAACGUGACAACUCAAGUUCGUGGGACAAUGGGCUACAUAGCACCUGAAUACUUAUCAACUGGAAAGUCAUCAGAAAGGACUGAUGUUUUUGGUUAUGGAGUCAUGAUGUUAGAACUUGUGACAGGUCAAAGGGCGAUUGACUUUUCACGCGUGGAAAAAGAAGAUGAUUUGUUAUUACUUGACCAUGUCAAGAAGCUGGAAAGGGAGAAGAGACUGGAUGCUAUUGUCGAUCCCAACCUAAAUAAAAAUUACAUGAUUCAAGAGGUGGAAAGGAUGAUUCAAGUUGCAUUGCUUUGUACCCAAUCAUCACCAGACGCCCGCCCAGCAAUGUCAGAAGUGGUACGGAUGCUGGAAGGAGAGGGGCUGGCUGAGAGGUGGGAAGAAUGGCAGCAUAUUGAGGUCGCACGCAGGCAAGAGUACGAGAGACUACACAGAGGAUUGAACUGGCUAGAAAUUUCGAUUUAAAACCAAGAUGCUAUUGAAAUGACGGUGAGAAGACAAGGUGUGGUAGAGCCUGGAUCCUUCAUUAAUUGCAGCAACAGCUUUGGCCCAUUCGCGCAUCCUGGCCUUCGUCCACCCUCCGUUUGCCACAAGCAUCACAUCACCGCCCAUUUUCUCAACUUGAAUGCAUGAAUUCUGCUCAGCCAGCAGAUGGAGUGGUGGCUGUUCCAAGCCACUACUCUUCUCCGGCCACUCUUCAAGCCUGAGGCCGCUUUUGGAGUAAUCCACGCCUGCCAUUGCCAGAGCUUCGAUAGACAUUGCUUCUCUCUAAAAUAUUAUCCACUUGGGUUUGCUGUCGAUUGCCGCAAAAGAAAGAUAAAUGGCAACAAUAUUUAUAUGAGGAUUCUUCAUCUCAUAUUCUCAGUCUAGACAGGGGAAAAGAGGAAAAUACACGAGCGUUGCAUGCAUCAAGUUUUAUAUAAGAUUGUCAUACACGUGAUCUCUCUCUCUCUCUCUCUCAAGACCUUGUGUAAGUGCAUAUGUCAUGAAGCAUAUGAUCAUACAAGCACUCGUCAGCAUCAAAGUGCACGUGAGGUAGAAACCUCCCUAGUGUGAACAUUAUAUUUGUAUUGAAUGAUCGAGCAAUUAAUGAUCAUGAUUUACUUGUC